CAGAAUUUUGACAAGCUGGAGAGAUAUAGACAAGAAAUAUGUUUCCACCUCAGCAAUUACAUUUAUACUUAAAUCACUUAACCAGAACAGGGGUGUUGUUAUAACUGGAUCCCCAGGGUGUGGAAAAUCCGUUGCCGCUCAUCAUGUAGCUUUGACAUUAGAAAAGGAGGGAUAUGAAAUAAUUCCUUGUGAAGAUCCCUCAGAGAUCCUAAUGCAUUUUAUAACAGAGAAGAAUCAGGUUUUUGUAUUUGAUGAUAUAUGCGGUAAAUUUGCUCUUAAUCAGCAUAAAGCAGACUCAUGGGAACAAAUUGAUGGUAAAUUAAAUAUGUUAAUUGAAUCAAGUCAUCAGAAAGAUGACAAGAGUGACGGCUCCAACAAAUCAAAGACUAAGUUUAUAAUCACGUGCAGGGAGAAUAUAUAUAGUCACAAAGCAUUCCCAAAACUGAUUUGUUUCUCACUUGUACAAUGCAGCUUCAGUACAAAAUAUAAAAACUCUCCAGAUGAAAUGAGAGAUAUUGCGUUAUCGUAUGUACCUGAGAACACGCUGAAUGAUAUUGAAAAUAUUUGUCUCUAUGAUUUUUUCCCUCUUUUGUGUGCUUUGUUCUGCAAAAAAACAAAACCAAAUCCGAAUUUCUUUACUCAUCCUAUUGAAGUUAUUGAACAGGAAAUCUUAGAAAUGAAAAUCAAAUCUGAAAUAUCUUUUCUCUGUCUUUCUCCUUUUGUUCUAAAGAAUAAUACAUGUUGUAAAAAUGAAUUUAGAUCUAAGAAUAUGGAGCAGCUACUUACAACUAUAUGCAAAAACUGCCACAUUGAAUCAGUCGUUUCAAUGGUGUCUAUUAGAAACUGUUUUGAGCGUCUCAAUGGUAUUUAUAUAACUGAGACAGAGAAUAUCUAUACAGCAAUCCACGAUAAAAUGUUUGACAUCAUAUCAGCAGCCAUUGCACCAUCUAUAAUGAAAUGUUUAAUAAAGCAUGGUGACAUUAAAUUCAUCGCAAAUCGCAUUCAGCUUAUGUCAUUGGGUAGAAGUAGUCUUCCUUUUGUAGUAUAUAUCCCACCGGAGCUAGAAAUUAAUCAUUUUAAUAGACAAUAUCAUGAAGCAAUGAAAGGAUAUUACUGGGAAGUGUUUGGAAGCAUACAGACAGAAAAUGAGGCAUAUAGAAAACUACUUUUAUCGUUUUUAAAGGAACAGGACAGAUGUAAAAAAAUGUCUUAUGUUCCCGGUAAAGAUGGAGCUACACCGUUGUUUGUAUCGUCCUCCUUAGGAUACAUUGAUUUUGUACAAUACUUUAUAGUUAAAUGCCGGCACCACAUUGAAACCAUAGACAAGGAAGGCAGAUCUCCGUUCUUUGUCGCGUGUGAAAACGGUCACAUUGCAGUAGUAAAAAACUUAAAGAAGAACCAUAAAGACGUCAAUUCAAAAACCGCAUCGAAAACGACAAUAUUAUCUGCAACCUGCCUUAAUGGUCACAUAGAAGUGGCUCAACUACUAAUAGACAACAAAGCAGAUAUCGGUAUAACUAACGACCUAAAUGAGAACACAUUUCACUUUGCCUGUUCAAAUGGUAAUGUACAAUUAGUCAGUUUACUGUUGUCUGCAUAUAAUGUAGAGAUAAGACUAAGACAUACAGAUGAACAAACGGAUUUACAUAAAGCUUACCAAAAGGACUUUCUAAGACUAAUAGAAAAUUCAUGAAACUUUGUAGGGAAGUUAAUCAGAAGAACAACAUUGGAAGUACACCGCUGCAUCUUGCUUGUCAGAAAGGUCAUUAUGAAACAGUGAAAUUAUUACUUGAUUUAAACGGCCAAACAAACAAUAGUUGUGUUAACACCAAUACAAUAAAUAAACAUGGAUUCUCUAUCUUACAUGCAGCAUGUAAUAAUGGACAUACAAAAAUAGUAAAGUUGUUGAUCGAUGUCGGUAUGAAUGUAAAUCACACAACAAUUGUUGGAGCUACACCACUAUCUCUAGCUUGCCGGAAUGGUCAAUAUGACACAGUGAAAUACUUACUUGAUUUAAGAGAACACACAUUACAAGGGUCUAUUGAUCGAACGACUAACCCAAAAGACGGAUGGCCAGCUUUACACUUAGCUUGUUUAAAUGGACAUAUAGAAAUAGUAACGUUAUUAAUUGAUUCUGGUUUUAAAAUAAAUGACACAACAGCUGACGGUUAUACACCACUUUAUCUAGCAUGCCUGAACGGUCACUAUGAUACAGUCAAAUUCUUACUCGAUUGGAAUAGCUUUAUAUUAACUUAUUAUGUAGAUUCAACGAUCAAAGAUAAUAAUGGAUGGUCAGUUUUACAUGCAGCUUGUUUGAAAGGUCAUACGCAGGUAGUGAAGUUAUUGCUUAAUAUCGGUUUAAAUGUAAAUGACGCAUCGAAUGAUGGGCAUACACCAUUAUAUUUAGCCUGUGAGAGAGGUCACUAUGACACCGUGAAAUUAUUACUUGAUUUAAACGGCCAAUCAUUGAAUAGCUGUGUAGAUACAACAAUUAAAGAUGAAGAUGGAUGGUCAGUUUUACAUCUAGCUUGUUCAAAUGGUCAUACAGAAGUAGUAAAGUUAUUAGUUGAUGUUGGUUUAAAUUUAAAUGAAACAACAAAUGUUGGUGAUACACCACUUUAUCUAGCUUGUAAGGAAGGCCACCAUGACACAGUGAAAUGCGUACUUAAUAUUAACGGUAAACAAAUAAAUAGUCAUGUAGAAACAGCGAAUGACAAUACAAAUAGACAAUCGGCUGUGCAUGCAGCAUAUUCAAAUGGACAUACAAAAGUUGUGGAGUUAUUGAACGAUGCUGGUAUAACUCAUAGAGAAAUAAGAAGUAUGAAACAUUCUUGUAUGAUAUUGUGAAGGUAUUCAACAACAAUUGUGUACCAUUGGACAUGUUGGAUGUUUGUUAUUGUGAACAAAUUAUUGUUUAAAACAUCAUGAAUCAUAGAAUUUCUCUCUCAAAUUCCUCAACUUAAACUAUAAUGUAUAACGUUUAAUACUAAAGCCAUUGCAAUACACAUAUUACAUCAAAAUUUAUCGGUACCAUCGAAAUAAUAAGAUUUCAAUUAUUCCUCAUUAAUUCGUCCAAAUUUAAGACAUUUCUAUUAUAAUUACAUGGUUAAAUAAGAUACAAAUCAAAAUGUAGGCGUUGUUUGGCUUGCAGUAUCUUUGAUUGUCAAGGAGACAACUUUCCACUUUUUCAUGUUUUUGUCUUUAUGUUAGUAAGAGUUGUGCUUUUGUUAUUAUACGCCCGUUGGUCGUCCAUUUGUUCUGAUAUCCGGACGUGUCGGACAUUACAUAAACAACGCUUUAACAAAGUUGCAUGUAAUUCGGUGAAAUAUUUAUUUAUGUUGACGUGAGCUCCCUGUCGUAUUUUUUAAAAUAUUUUAGAUUUAACGUUUCCGAGUUUUGGAGUUUUAUUCAUAAAAAGUGGGAUGUUCCAGUUUUCAGACAAUAACUCAAAUAUGCUUUGA